AUGAGUUGGCAAGGGUGGGUCGAUCAGACCCUGGUCGGAUCCAGAAAAAUCGAUAAGGCCGCCAUAUUCUCGGCGGCAGGAGACGUCGAGUUCGCAUCGAGUGCUGGGUUUGAUGUGAAGUUAGAAGAAGUUCAAUAUAUCCUGAGAGGCUUUGAAGAUUCCAUCCCUCUGUAUUCUGGGGGGCUCUACAUCGUAGGAGAAAAGCUUCAGGUUACCAAAGCGGACGAUGAAAGCAUAUAUGCUCAACAAGACGGGGAGGGUGUCUGCGUGGUGAAAUCAUCGGAAUCGAUCAUUGUCGCACAUUAUCCUGAAACAGUGCCACCCGGAGACGCCGCAAGCAUUGCUAGGCAAUUGGCAGCUUACUUAACUAGCAUAGGCUACUAG